AUGAUUUGGAUUAGAUCCACUUGUGUUCUGUCUUUCAUCUUGUUUUGUGCCCACAUAGCAGCUGUAUCUAUUAAACAUCUCUCUAAAGGAAAUGUGCAUGAUGAAGAUUUUGAUGAACAGAGGGAUAUUUCAGAAAUCAAUUUUGCUGAAGGCUUGGAUCUCUUUCAAGGGGACAUCCUCCUAAGGAACUCCAGAAAUGGCCUGAGAGACCCUAACACCAGAUGGAAGUUCCCCAUCCCUUACAUUCUGGCUGACAAUUUGGGGCUGAACGCCAAAGGAGCCAUUCUUUACGCCUUUGAAAUGUUCCGCCUCAGGUCCUGUGUGGAUUUCAAGCCCUAUGAAGGAGAGAGCUCAUACAUCAUAUUUCAGAAGUUUUCUGGGUGCUGGUCUGAGGUUGGCGAUCAACACGUGGGACAGAACCUUUCCAUUGGCCAGGGGUGUGACUAUAAGGCCAUCAUUGAACAUGAGAUUCUCCACGCUUUGGGAUUUUACCAUGAGCAGUCAAGAACUGACCGGGAUGACUAUGUGAACAUCUGGUGGGAUGAAAUUCUUCCAGGUUUUGAGCACAACUUUAACACCUAUGAUGACAGCUUCAUCACAGACCUCAACACGCCCUAUGACUAUGAGUCUUUGAUGCACUACGAGCCUUUCUCAUUUAACAAGAAUGAAAGCGCUCCUACCAUCACGGCCAAGAUCCCUGAGUUUAACACCAUCAUUGGGCAGCGCCUGGACUUCAGUGCCACUGAUUUGGAGAGGCUGAACCGAAUGUAUAAUUGCACCACAACUCACACCCUUUUGGACCACUGUGCUUUUGAGAAGGCAAACAUCUGUGGGAUGAUUCAGGGGACCAGAGAUGAUGCUGACUGGGUCCAUGAGGACAGUUCGCAGCCUGGACAAGUGGACCACACCUUGGUGGGACAAUGCACCGGUGCCGGCUACUUCAUGCACUUCAGCACCAGAUUGGGGGUGGCGGAAGAGGCAGCCCUGCUGGAGUCACGGAUUCUUUACCCAAAGAGGAAGCAGCAGUGCCUGCAAUUUUUCUAUAAAAUGACAGGAAGCCCUUCAGAUCGACUCGUCAUCUGGGUCAAGAGGGAUGACAGCACGGGCGACGUUCGCAAGCUGGUCAAGGUGCAGACCUUCCAAGGAGAUUUGGACCAAAAUUGGAAAAUUGCCCAUGUGACACUUAGAGAAGAAACGAAGUUUCGCUACCUUUUCCAGGGCUCCAAAGGUGACCCCCAGAACUCAAAUGGGGGAAUUUACCUAGAUGAUAUCACCCUGACGGAAACCCCAUGCCCCACAGGCGUUUGGACAGUACGGAAUUUCUCGCAGGUCCUUCAGAGCACAGUUAAAGGAGACAAGCUCCUGAGUCCUCGAUUCUACAAUUCAGAGGGAUAUGGUUUUGGGUUGACUUUGUACCCUCAUGGCAGAGCAAGCUACAGUCCAUCUGGCUACUUAGGAGUUGCGUUUCACCUGUGCAGUGGGGAGAAUGAUGCUAUCCUGGAGUGGCCAGUGGAAAACAGACAGGUGAUAAUGACAAUACUCGACCAGGAACCCGAUGCCAGGAAUAGAAUGUCCUCAAGCAUGGUGUUCACUACCUCUAAGUCCCAGACAUCUUCAGCCAUAAAUGACUCCGUCAUCUGGGACAGGCCGUCGAUUGUGGGAUCCUAUCAUAAGGACUGUGAUUGUUUUAGAAGCAUCGACUGGGGCUGGAGUAAUUUUCUCUCCCACGAAAUGCUAAAAAGGAAGAGUUUCCUUAAAAAUGACGACCUUAUACUUUUUGUGGACUUUGAAGAUAUAACCCACCUUCUCCAGACUGAAGUUCAAAUUGAAGACACAAGGCUGAUUCCCCAAGGCCUCGUUCUCCAGGGCCGGGAGCAGCAGACCUCAGAAGAAGGCACAGGAAAGGGCUUGUUAGAGAAAGCCCUACCCAGCAACCUGGACCAGGGGCAGCCCAGGCGACCAAAGCGGUCAGUGGAGAACACAGGCCCCUUGGAAGACCACAAUUGGCCCCAGUACUUCAGAGACCCAUGUGACCCGAACCCUUGCCAAAAUGAAGGCAUCUGUGUGAACGUGAAGGGGAUGGCGAGCUGCAGGUGCGUCUCCAGCCAAGCCUUCUUCUACACGGGGGACCGCUGUCAGGCCAUGCAGGUGCACGGCAGCCUCCUGGGCCUGAUGAUCGGAGGCACAGCCGGCGUGCUCUUCUUGACCUUCACCAUCAUCAACAUCCUGUCUCAGAAGCCAAGGCAGUGA